AUGGACGAGUAUGCGCGUGCGGCGGCGCGCGUGCAUGCCGCGUUGGGCGCGCUUCAAGCCGCACCCGAAGGCUCGCGCGGGCGAUACACCGACGAGUUCACUCAGGAACUGUACAACGCGCGCAGUGUACGCAAGACACACGGCCUACCGCGAAUGCCGUUCAUCGCGCAGCUAACAGAGCUCAUCGCGAGCUGCAAGCCGAGCGGCGCGUAUGGACUGGUGCCAGAACUGUUCGCGCGCGCAUUGGUCGACGUGCACUCCGUACCGAGCAUGCCAUUCGCAGGAGACCUCGGCCCGAAUCAAUGGUGGCGCGCUAUCCCCUCCGCCAGCGCCCCGCCGCCUCCCGCACCGGCACCGACAUACCGUGCGCCACCCUCAAUGCCAGUCGCAGGCCCUUCACACCAGUAUCAGCCUGUGUACGCUCACCACUACGCUCGCUCGCUUUCACCACAACCUCCGCCGCCGCCACCAUCACACGGACGGAAACGAACAGCAAGUGCUGCGCAACUUGACCCGCGGCCCGAAUAUAGCGCUGGGGGACGCGACAAGAUCAAGUUUGAGAUGUGGACUGGUGGUCAACAUGCAGAGUCGAGCUCGGGUCAGCCGGCGGGCGCAGGCGCGGGCGCGACGGGCGCGCGCACUCAAGCCAAGUACGCUCGCUACAACCCCGACGAGCCCGGCCCACCAAAAGGCUACGAGCUGUGCACCGACGAGCAGAGCAGGUGCGAUCGAUGUCGGGAGCGAGGAAUAGAGUGCUGGAAGGGCCGCAAGAGGAAACGCGCGAGCGGCGCCUGCUGGAACUGUCACAAGCUAAAACGACCUUGCUCCAUGGCGAAGGAUUGGUUUUCCGCCAAACCGUUUGCGGCGAUGUCUGAGCCCUACGAAACGGACCCAGGUAGCGUCGUCGUUCUGCAACUGAACGAAGCUGGGCGAUUGUUAUCUCCGCGGGCGGCUGCGCUGGCCGAGGAGCAAGCCUACGCGCAACGACAGCAGCAACGAGGCUAUGCCUCCUCGUCGCACGCUGCGUAUCACGACGACCGGCCAUCUUACAACUAUGGAGGAAGGCAGGACAACCCGCACAAUGGUGCGCGAGCUCGUAGUAGCACGUACGCUGGCAGCUCUCCGCAUGGUACCGCCUACUCUUCGCCUGUGCCACAUUCUCUACCACUGCCAGCCGUUCCGGACCAUCAUGCCUCGAGGCGAGCUUCUGUGUCUACGCCCUACGCCCAACAUCCCCGAUACUAUCCUCCACCACCAAUUGAGGUACCACCUCCACCGCCGCCUGACAAUGUACCGCUAGCGAUUCCGCCGCCGCCGCCGCCAGAGCGAAUACACUACAGUACGCACGUUCAAGCGCCCAUCCCGCUCGACGUAUCUGGCGACACUGGCCCUCGACCUAUACCCCCUCCUCCUCCCCCAAAUCUACCUCAUUACCAUGGUCCGCGGCGGUCGGCCACUCCACAUGGGUCGUCGUCGUACGCACGUUCGGAGGCAUCGGCCUCCGCAUCAGCGCCCGCGACAGGCCCAUCAGCAUCCACUUCUUCGCAGGCACGCUCAAGCUCGUCGCAAUCUCAUUCAUCGCAUGAGUAUCCAUACGCAACUGGUCCACCACAAGGGUACUACGAUCGCGGACACCCUGCACCAGAACGUCACCGCGAGCCCGCAGAGCGGUACUACGACUCCGAGCCUCCCCCUCGUGCUGGUUCAGGAGCGAACUACGAACGCGAGACGUAUGCUGCGGUGUACCCGCCACCACCAGGAUACGCGUAUCCGCCUCCCGAAGCGUAUCAUCGUCCUGGACAGUAUCCUCCGCCACACCCACACCCGCACCCACUGGCUCAUGGGCGGUACAACCCACUCGUUGACGCUCGACGCGAUCCGUAUGCCUUACCCGCGCAUGAUGCACACAGGCCUGCGUCAAGACCGUACCCACCACCGCCACUUCAACCGCCACCCUUGGCCGAUACGCGCGCAUAUCAGCAUCACCCGUAUGGGCCAUCUCAAUCCCAGUACUCCGACGGGCGUCUGCACUCUGUCGAAGACAUGCCCUCGCGUGUACCGAAGCGGGCAGAGUCGCCUGUGAUCCCGCCACCUCCACCUCUGGAAUGGCCUGAUCACCCUCCUCGCGCUAUUUACGAGAGGCGCAGGGCCAGUACGAGGGAGACAGGGUCAAGGGAUAGAGACACAAUCUCCAGGGACCGGGAUACUGCUGCGCCUGAGGACCGUGAUGAAGGUGCCAGGGAUGGGAAGGAAGACAGGAAUGGGGAAGUGAAUGGGCAAUCUGGGAGAGGCGAUACGAGCAUUGAUGAGCGCGGGCGUGCGUUGCUCGCUAGUAUGCGCGACGAGACAAACAGGGAUGUAGAGAUGAAGACGAGCUCGCCUACGCCCGUACUCGCGACCGCCGCAUCGCCCGAGAUCGUCUCGCACAAUGUUGAAGAGCGGGCCCGGAUGCUUUUGGCCAGUACUCGGGAGCAGACGAACGGGACCACGACUACUGUGAUAACUUCUGCCAGUACUGCGCCUGUCCCCGUCGUACAAAGGCAGGACGAAAGGGACAUGGAUCGUGACGUUCGCUCGCCCCGCCCGUCGCGUACACCGAUCAGCACGCCGCCGCCGCCACCGCCGUCGACUGCACCGCCGGGCUCGACGGGCACGCACACCCCGGGCUCUGCGGCCGCGGCCGAGCGCCCCGCGUGCGCGCGUCCGCCGAAUUCGUCGGCCUCGACAGCGAGCGCGGACGUCAAUUCAAGCCCUCCCCGCGCAGGCACCGCUAAACGCCCGUGGCUGAUCUAA